CCAAAGAACCCACUACGGCGGUCGCGAUUGGCUGGGAUUCGCCCAGUUGCGCCGUUCCUAACGGCAACUUUCUAUUUGGGCGGUAGCGUUUAAAUCUCCCUCCAUUUUCCUAUACCCCCGCUUUGUUUGUUCUUGUUCUUGAGUGAAACGAGGGCGUCUUUGCAAACGCUCUAGGGUUUCAUCGCCGCGCCGCGCCUUCUUCUUUCUUCCUCGGUCGAUCCAAGAUGAGGGAGUGCAUCUCGAUUCACAUCGGCCAGGCCGGGAUCCAGGUCGGGAACGCUUGUUGGGAGCUGUAUUGUCUCGAGCACGGCAUCCAGCCCGAUGGACAAAUGCCCAGCGAUAAGACUGUCGGAGGAGGCGACGACGCAUUCAACACGUUCUUUAGCGAGACCGGAGCUGGGAAGCAUGUUCCUCGUGCUGUGUUCUUGGAUUUGGAGCCCACAGUGAUCGACGAGGUGAGGACUGGGACUUACCGCCAGCUCUUCCAUCCGGAGCAGCUGAUCAGCGGCAAGGAGGAUGCUGCUAAUAACUUUGCUCGCGGUCACUACACGAUUGGGAAAGAGAUCGUGGACCUUUGCCUGGAUCGCAUCAGGAAGCUGGCGGAUAACUGCACUGGAUUGCAAGGCUUUCUCGUGUUCCAUGCCGUUGGUGGCGGUACGGGGUCUGGGCUAGGGUCCCUUUUACUGGAAAGGCUGUCCGUGGACUACGGCAAGAAGUCCAAGCUCGGCUUUACAGUCUACCCAUCGCCCCAGGUAUCAACAUCCGUUGUGGAGCCCUACAACAGUGUCCUCUCGACUCACUCGCUAUUGGAGCACACUGAUGUGGCCGUCCUCCUUGACAACGAGGCCAUUUACGACAUUUGUAGGAGGUCACUCGACAUUGAAAGGCCAACUUACACCAAUCUGAACAGGCUCGUGUCACAGGUGAUCUCAUCGCUCACGGCUUCUCUCCGUUUCGACGGCGCGCUCAACGUGGACGUGACCGAGUUCCAGACCAACUUGGUCCCGUACCCGAGGAUCCACUUCAUGCUCUCGUCCUACGCGCCGGUCAUCUCCGCCGAGAAGGCGUACCACGAGCAGCUGUCCGUGGCCGAGAUCACCAACACCGCCUUCGAGCCGGCGUCGAUGAUGGCCAAGUGCGACCCGCGGCACGGCAAGUACAUGGCGUGCUGCCUCAUGUACCGCGGGGACGUGGUGCCCAAGGACGUGAACGCGGCGGUGGCCACCAUCAAGACCAAGCGGACCAUCCAGUUCGUGGACUGGUGCCCGACGGGAUUCAAGUGCGGCAUCAACUACCAGCCCCCGACGGUGGUUCCCGGCGGAGAUCUAGCCAAGGUCCAGCGCGCGGUGUGCAUGAUCUCCAACUCCACCAGCGUCGCCGAGGUCUUCUCCCGGAUCGACCACAAGUUUGAUCUCAUGUACGCCAAGCGCGCCUUCGUUCACUGGUACGUUGGCGAGGGAAUGGAGGAAGGGGAGUUCUCCGAGGCCCGCGAGGAUCUGGCGGCGCUCGAGAAGGACUACGAGGAGGUUGGCGCCGAGUCUGCCGACGGUGAAGAUGAAGAGGGGGGAGAAGAUUACUGAGAAAGAAUCGUUUUGCAUCGAAGAGUGAGGAUUUCAAUCAAGCUAGUGUUGAAAACCUUUUGUUCUAGAUGUUUGCAAAACUUUCGUACCAUCUUUCUCCAACUUUGGUACCAUCUCCAUGAAACAAAACUUUGCCA